AUGGCGGCUUCCGACCAGAUCCCCGAGCAGGAGUUCGACUAUGAGGCGCUUCCUUCGAACUAUGGCUUAGGCCGCAACAUGUUGGCGGGUGCUUUUGCGGGAAUCGCGGAACACUCGGUGAUGUACCCGGUCGACCUUCUUAAGACUCGCAUGCAAAUCCUGCAUCCUUCCACGGGCGGUCUGUACACCGGUUUGACGAACGCAGUCUCGACCAUCUAUCGCAUUGAGGGCUGGCGGACACUAUGGAAGGGUGUUUCGAGUGUGAUUGUUGGUGCUGGUCCGGCACAUGCUGUGUAUUUUGGCACAUAUGAGAUCGUCAAGGAACUUGCGGGUGGAAACGUUGAUGACGGACACCAUCCUUUAGCAGCCGCUCUGAGUGGUGCCUCGGCCACGAUCGCAAGCGAUGCGUUGAUGAACCCCUUCGAUGUGAUCAAGCAGCGAAUGCAAGUCCACGGCUCCGUUCACAAGACGUUGCUGCAAUGCGCCAAAACACUCUACCGAACUGAAGGUCUCCAGGCCUUCUACGUCUCCUACCCUACCACCCUCUGCAUGACUGUGCCCUUUACCGCCACCCAAUUCGUUGCCUACGAGUCGAUUUCGAAGGUCAUGAACCCCAAGCAGGACUACGAUCCUUUCACCCACUGUAUGGCAGGUGGUCUUGCUGGUGCCUUCGCUGCCGGUAUCACCACUCCUCUCGACGUUGUGAAGACCCUUCUUCAGACCCGUGGCCUGGCCGAAAGUGAAGAGAUCCGCUCUGUGCGCGGUCUGUGGAACGCCGCCGCCAUCAUCAAGAACCGCUUCGGCUGGGGUGGUUUCCUGCGCGGCAUGCGCCCUCGCAUUAUUUCCACCAUGCCGAGCACUGCGAUCUGCUGGACUUCCUACGAGAUGGCCAAGGCCUAUUUCAAGGAUCAGCCACUUGACUAA